CCACAAAUUCAUUUUCUUUGCAUGUAUGGUGUGUAUGCAGUGCACAUAUCAUACGUCUGAGCUACAGACAGACGAGACUUCUGCAUGUUUAACAUCUACAAUCCACCCGCAGCUCACCCUUGAAGCACCCGUCUAUCUGGCCUCCGAGCGCAAGUAGCUAAGUACUUCUCGCUGUCUUGCUGUCGCACCAUGCUCCGUUUCCUACCAUGUCAAACUCGUCCAACUGCCUCAACUUCGGCGUUGCCAACGGGACCUCUUGCGCCUGCCCUGUGGGCUUCGGCGGGCCUACCUGCGGGCAGCCUGCGUGCGGAGGCAACAUCUUCCAGGGCUCCAGUCGGCCGCUCGCGCCAAUUUCAGGGAACUUAGCAAAUCUUUCUGCGGCGAGCUGUUCCUGCGAGGAUGGCUGGACGGGCGUAGGAUGCAAUGUCUGCCAGACAGCGAAGGCGUGUCAGGCAGCAUUCGCUUCGGUGAGUCCACAGGGCUCGAUCUCCAGCAGUGCGGAUCUGGGGGCGUCGACUGGCCUAAAUGACACUCUGACAUGCAACAGUCAAGCGACGGUAUAUACGGCUGGGGAGAUGAGCUGUCAGGUCAACAACCCCACUCUGCAAGCACUAUACCCACUUUCAUCUACCCUGAACGUCCUGCGGACAUUGAACAAUUCUUUGACACCUCUGCCAAACACCACAGGCUUCGGGCCCAAUGGCUCCCUUUACGCCCAGCUAUUCUACGACGGCGAAGAGCAGUUCUACUGCACGGCGAACUCUUGCACUCAACAAGAAGGCUCUGACUCCGGGAGCUCCGACUGGACUUGCCAGAAUCUUCAGUGCCAAUGCAUUGCCAACUCUACCUUCUGCGGUCAGGUUCCAGCUACUGAUCUUUCAGGCGUGCUCAACACGCUCUCCGGCGCACUUGAAGUAUCCUGCGACGCACCAUCUCCUCAGAACAACACCGCGAAUUGUGCGUUCAAGCAGCAGGUCAUCAACCAAGUCUUCGGAUCUGCGGGCCUCUCUCUUACCGGAUGCACCUUUGGCGAGUGCGUUGCGCAGGAUGUGAUCGAUACCACGUCGGGAAACUCGACUACCUCGAGCGACACUUCGCAUGGGACGUCCCUUAGUGGUGGUGUUAUCGGCGGGCUGGCUGUCGUUUGCAGCCUUAUCGCACUCGCCCUGGCCUUCCUGCUGUAUGGAUGGCUUGUGCAGCGGCGUGCGAGGCGUAGUGGCUAUGGCGGACGGCCAGUCAGUUUUGGUGGCGUCACUGCCGAAUGGACGAAUCUCAGCUACUUCGUGCCUUCCACACAUGGAAACACUCUGUUCGGUGGGCUGCGGCGGCGGCGUCAUGCAAGCGACGACCUGAGCGACCACAAGGUCGUUCUCGACGACGUAUCCGGCCGGCUCGAGCCUGGCCAGAUGAUGGCCAUCCUUGGCCCUAGCGGUGCCGGCAAAACAACUCUGAUCGAAAUACUCGCCGGCAAGAACAAGACCGGUCGCAUGGCGGGUUCGGUGACUUUCCAUUCCCGGCAACCCAGGGUCGGCUUCGUGUCGCAGCAGGACGUGCUGCCGCCAACACUGACCGUUUAUGAGGCGCUGCUGGUUGCUGCGGAACUCCGGAUUCCAGAAAAUGUACCCAUCACGGAGAAACGUGCUCGCGUGGACGACGUUAUCGACAAGCUGGGCUUGACAAAGGUGCGGGACGUCCGCAUUGGUGAUGGCGAGAAGAGAGGCAUCAGUGGCGGCGAGAUGCGUCGGGUGAGCAUCGGCCUGGAGCUCGUGGCGCUGCCGGACGUCUUGAUCCUAGACGAGCCUACCUCGGGCUUGGACUCGGUUUCUGCGGCAAAAGUCACGAAGGUGCUACAUGCCGUAGCACAUGACGAACAGAACCCGACGGUGGUGAUAGCGUCUGUGCACCAACCGAGUUCACAGCUUUACCAUUCUUUCGACCAGGUUCUGCUGCUUUCGCACGGCCGCGCGCUGUACUCAGGGCCAGGCGGCUUUGCGCCAGCAACCUACUUCGCGUACCUAGGCGUUCCAUACCUUGAGGGGUACAAUGUCGCCGACUACCUGCUAGAAAUUGCCAGCGAUCCGCCCGUGUUGAUUUUCCAGGCGAUUCAGCCGGCGCUAGUGCCGGACACGCCGGAGCUGGGUGGUGGUCUCAGCAAUGAGACAUUGAUUAACGAUAGCACGCUCGAGAAAGGUUACUCUGCCGGCUCGAGUGUACACCAGCUGGCCCUUGGUGAUUUCAAAGAUGCUCGCCCGGGGUACGCGACAACUUUCUUGACGCAGCUUGAGGUGCUGUCAGGACGGGAAUGGAAGAUACUGAGGAGGGAUCUUACGCUGUUUUUCACACACAUUGCCGUAGCCUGUGUACUCGGUGUUUUCGUUGGCGGCCUCUAUUUCAAGACGGGGAUUACAAUUGCAGGAUUCCAGUCACGUGUGGGCUGCCUCUUCUUCUUGGGCGCUCUUAUAGCGUUUUCUACUCUGAGCGCGCUGUACCAUAUUAUCGAGUCUCGACCGCUCUUUCUACGAGAGCGUUCUGCGCGUUACUACGGCCCGACCGCCUGGUUACUUUCGCGCUUCAUCUUCGAUGUCGUACCGUUGCGCAUCAUUCCCACCAUCGUGGUCUCGACAAUAACGUACUGGAUGGCCGGUCUUGCACCGGACGCGACCCAUUUCUUCAAGUUCCUGCUCAUUCUCGUCUUGUACACUUUAGCCAUGACGCUUUUCAACUUCUUGCUUGCGUGCUGGUUCAACAAUGGCGGCGUAGCCAUCCUGCUAAGUGCACUCACGGCACUAUACCAGAUGACCUUUGCGGGAUUCUUCGUUAAUUUGGGCAAUAUCCCACAGGCCAUUCGUUGGCUUCAGUGGUUGUGUCCUCUCAAGUUCACGCUAGAAGCGCUGUCCGUGAACGAAGUCGGCUCGGGCCUUAUGAUCCAGGACACGCUGCAAGGCGUGCCAGUGGACCUUUCGGCGAGUUUAGUCAUGGACCUACUGUUUGACUUUGGUCCAGGCAACUAUUCUCGGGAUGUGUUGGUGCUGUUUGGGUUCGGUGUAGGGUUCGCUGUCAGCGUCAUUCUCGUCGUAACGUUCCACUUGCGAGAACGCAGAUAGCUGUGCGAGCGUCGGAUUGCUUGAUUGUUGGUUUGUGUAUUUAUGUGGAUCGUUGAUUGUAUAUCUAUAUGGAUUAUCGAUUUGUAUAUCAUAUUUAUAUGGAUUGUUGGAUUGUAUAUUAUAUUUAUGUGGGUUGUUAGCUUGCAUACCUACGUGCUGCGCCCUCGGUCAUGAUUCCUCCCACC